AUGAUGCUUGAUAUGAGCAUUUUAGUUGAAGCCUUGAAGCUCUCUUUGUCUGACGAGUUUGAUAGAAGUAAAGAGGAUGAAGUUGUUGUCACUUUUGACCGUACUCCCGCCAUUUCAACACCUUAUUUGCUGGAUGGGCAGCAUACAUCCAAAGAGAAAAAUGGACGGAGGGGUGGAAAUCAAGGACGAGGAAGGAGAGACAAGCACUGUGGCUUUAACGAAAAAAAUAUGCUAGCAAGUUACUUUAUUUAUUUUUGGUUCGAUUCCUUUCUUAAGGAUCUUCUAGCUUCACUGAAUGAACUAAUCAUUCUUUUUCUAACUUUGACAAUUUUAGUCCCUGAAACUGUUUCCUCUUGGCGCCACAUGGAUGUCUCAAAGCCACCUCUUGCCCCAACUCCAAGGAUGCCUGAUGGAACCAGAGGAUUUACAAUGGGACGUGUCUGGCCUCUGGAUUCAAAUCAAAGCUGAGUGUUCUUCAGUUUGGGUAUCAAUUGGAUUGGAUUCUGUCUAUCAGAUAAAUAUUGUGGAUGAUCUACGGAAGUGUAGUGGUUGUAUGAUCCAUUUACCAGCAUCAUCCCACCUGUUGUGGUGGUGCUUCCAACUGGCAAAAGAAAUAGUUACCUUUCUGGGAAAAAAAAAAGUUUUAAGUUUUGCUACCUUCUGGAAAAAAAGUAGUUUUGAGUUUGCUUGUGAGAUGGUGAAUCCAAAUGUAACUGACAUCAGUGUUUAAUCAUAUAUUCAAUUCUUGCAUCUCUUUACUACUGAUUGGAGUAGUUGGAUAGGGCAAAUUCUCAAACUUGAGGGUGGUGUUGCAUUGAAGUUGUGGGGAUGAAAGGCCAUGGCUAAAAUUGGUUUGGUUCUUUUCCUACAUUUAGUUUUCUGGCAUAUUGACAUAUGGAAUUGGGAAAGCAAGGGUUCAGCUCGGUUGUUU